CUCCCGUUCGUUUUCCUUUUUCUUUUUUUCUUUUUUCACUAUUUGUCAAUGUCGGUGGAUGUUGAUUGUUUCCUGUCGAUGGCUUGAUCUCGUUAGUACUCGCACAGUCUUUUUUUUUUUUUUUUUUUUUUGGUUUCUUCUGACUUUCUCAGAUCCGUUGAGUUUUUCCAUUUCAUCAUCCUUUUUGUUCUCACAUUCUUCAAUUUCGGUGAUGAAGGGUGGGAAGGGUGACAAGUCGGCCAAGUCGGGCGAAUCCAGCCAGAAAGGUCAACAGGGCCAAAAGGGCCAACAAAGUGAAGCCCCGUCGCGCCCGCUGCUGCCCGUCCAGCAGCUCGAAAGCGCCGACGUUGAUCUGUCCUGGGUUGGCCAAGUCGCUCCACAACAGCAGCAGCAACAGCAGCAGGACGCCUCUUCAUCCGCAGCAGAUCAGUCGCAAGCCACUCCUCAGCGACCGACCACCGCCACCGCGCACGCCACCUCAGCCCAAGACGACGGAGAAAGCUUCCUCUCGCUCAACAUGACCCCUUCCAGCAGUAGCAGCGGCCACGGCCACGGCGCAGGGGCUGCUCAGCCUGCUUCAGCCUCCACAACCAGCGGCAGCGGCAGCAGCAGCGGCAGCUCGUCCAAGCCUGGCCAGCUGAGCUCGCUCAAGUCCGCCAGCCCUGCACUGUCGGGAUCUGCAGGCCACAGUGGCUCUGGCGAUGGCACAGCAGCAGGCGGAUCGUCCUCGUCGUCCUCUUCAUCCUCGUCCAAGCACGUUGCGCUCUCAAGCAAGCUCGGCGACGGCGCUGCACUCCCGCCAUGGGUUCGCCGAACAGCCUACUCAAAGAACAAGCUCUACAGUCUCGAGCAAGAAAUGUACGAUUUUGUGGAAUUUAUCAAGCCUACGCCGCUCGAGCACCAGAUGCGCGAGGAAAUUGUCCAGCGGAUACGAGAGGUCAUCACUGGCGCGUGGAAACAUGCUCGGGUCGAGGUCUUUGGCAGUUUUGCUACCGGAUUGUACUUGCCGAUGAGCGAUAUCGACAUUGUCGUGUUUGGAAAUUGGGAUCAAAUACCGCUAUUUACUCUGGGCAAGCUUUUGGAGGAGAGUAGAAUCGCCAAGAAUGUCAAGGUCAUUGACAAAACGUCGGUGCCAAUCAUCAAGCUUGCAGAUGCAUUGUCGGGCGUGUUUGUGGAUAUUAGUUUCAACUUGGAAAGCGGUCUUCGGACGGUCGAGUUUAUCCGGGCCUGUGUGGACGAGUAUCGCAUGCUCUACCACCUCACCUUUGUCAUUAAGCAAUUCUUGGCGCAACGCCAGCUGAAUGAGCCGUAUUCCGGUGGCCUGGGGUCGUACAGCGUUGUUUUGCUUGUUGUCAGCUUCCUUCAACGGCAUCCUCGGCAAGACCGCGAUCCCAACUUUGGCGUCCUCUUGGUCGAGUUCUUUGAGCUCUAUGGCAAGGAUUUCAACUACCGAAAAGUUGGCAUUGCCGUCACAGAAGGUGGCAGGUACUUUCCGAAGAGCGAUGCAUCAGCCAACUCCAAUGAAGUGCGCCCGUUCAUCCAAGAUCCCAUGGAGCCUGGCAAUGAUGUCGGAUACAAGACUUACAACAUGAUUGCCGUUCGCGAUGCAUUCCGCCACGCGUACGACACGCUCACGCGCGUCACAACUGACCAGCAUUCAUCGCUCCAAACCCUGCUUGGACAAAUUAUUCGCGUCGAGGACGAUGUGAUGGCCUUCCGAGAAUGGGUUGCCAAGUGCGACUGGCAGAGCGGUCGCUCCAUCACGGGCGACGGUGUCUUGCCGAUGAACACAACAAGCACUGCGCCGCCGCCCAUGUCAGCCGCCGCCCGAGCAUCUGCAGGGGCUGGCGACAGCGAGGCAGACAGCACCACACCGAUGCAGCAGUAAUACCAGCAAAAACAGCUCUGGACGAUGAUUUCUUGAUUGUUUGCUUGAUGUUAUUUCCCUGGACGGUUUAACACCCACACCGCGCGCGCCUCUUUUGACUCUUACAUUAGUAUUGUAAGGAGUACGUGUGCCACUUGUUGCUUUUUUUUUUGUCUCGAACGCAUCAUUUAGAAUUUCACUUUUCCAA